UUAUUUUUCUUUUUGUAAGCAUUCAUAUUUCCUUUUGUGAGCCAAGGACUUUUUGUCCUUUUUUCCUUGACACUAUAUUCUUUAACAGGACAAUGUUUACUAUAUAAGAGGGUGAAUAUAUCAUAGGCACGAUCCUUUAUAAACCGGGCUCCACUCUUCCUGUGCGAGACUGUAAUUGAAGAGAUUCCAUCAAACGCUAUUGACAUCAUAAUAGGUCUUACAGAUGAGGGUAUGUAAUAUAUUUAUCCUUUAUUACUAUUUUGUAUUUAAAACAAACCAGAAAUUGACGCCACUAUUUUUAGAACUCCUAAAUCACGUGGAACAAUAUUAUGCUGUCACCACUUCGCCCAGAGAGGCUGAAGAGGUGACGGGGGAGACGGCGUUGCUGCAGUGCGGCCGAGAUUCUCCGGGCCCCAGCACCGCACACCCGGAAUACGCCCUCUCAGAACCAAGCGUAGCGCCAGAUGCCAUUGCUGACACCGCUACGCCCAGAGGGGCUGAAGAGGUGACGGGGGAGACGGCGUUGCUGCCGGGUGGCCGAGAUUCUCCGGGUGCCAGCACAACACACCUGGAAUACGCCCUCUCAGAACCAAGCGUAGCGCCAGAUGCCAUCCCCUCAACAUACUACGCGCACGAAGGGGCAGCGUGCAAUCCAGAAUGUCGAUUGACAGUCAAUUUGCUCUGGGAACGUCUUCAACAAAGUUUGAUGCCGAGAUCGGAUUCGCCGACUGAGCGCAGCCCGAGGCUGGCAACAAUGAGUCCUCCGUCCCCUUUGACGGUGAAAUCGGAGCCACCGUUUGAGUACGGUCAGCUGUCUGCGACAAUGAGUCUGCCGUCCCCUUUGACGGUAAGAUCGGAGUCACCGUUUGAAUACGGACAACGACUUUUGACGUGGAGUCCGCCACCCCCUUUGACGGUGAAAUCGGAGCCGCCGUUUGAGUACGGACAGCGACUUUUGACCCCGAGCCCGCCGAACCUGCUGCAAAGACUGACCACGAUAGAACCUUAUUAUCCGCCGUUUGGCGUUGUAGACCUUCCGUCUGACGGAGCCGACGUGUCGCUAGGAUUCGGUGGUCCAACGCCACUAUGUGUUGACGCUGCAGUACAGGCUGGGAUUGGCGACGGUAAUAUUUGGUGUCAAACCGGUGUGACCACUCAGACGGGGGACCUAUCUGGGGAUUGGGUAGAAGAGCCUACAGCGGGUCCUCACAAUCACUAUCCUGGAGUGGGACCUAUAAGACACGAACCCCAAAGGCAUCUGUACAACCCUUGCGGAGAUCACCAGAGACCAGGAUCAACAUCUACACAUAGCCAAAGGUUCUAUACAACCCCGGAAUCAAGGUCUCCACCGGGUCGCUACACUGUACAUCCACCACCUGUGACACCCCUUUCACAAAGGGUCGAAAACCAGCCUAUUGACCUGCCAUUUCCUGGGCGAGACCGCCUAGAACAUCCUGCAUACUUGUCGGGACUACCCUUGCCAUCGAUUUCGGUCACGAUCAAUGAAGUUGUGGAACUGUGCUGGAAACCACCAUUAAGAAGCUGAGAGCUGUGACGGGCGAAAUGGCUCGGAUGAAUGGCAAAGGGACAUUUGUGUUUGUCCUCGAGAAUUCAUCAGAGAUAUGCGGGCGGGACGUCUUGAAGAAUACAAAACUAUGUAAAGCUGAUUGCUCCUUCACAACGGACCACUUCUGUAGUGUCCAUCAACACACCAACUGCACAGUUGUUGUUGACUGGGACAGAGUCCGUUCGACCGGAAUAGCAUGGCCCUAUAGUGACAGUGGAAAGUUUAGCACCACAGCAACUGGAGGUCCGGACGGAGGCUAUCCGCUCCAUCUGAGAAGACAAAUGCAUAGGCCUGGAUGGUGAGCAACGGGAGCAGUUAUGGCGAGUGCUGUGGGACUUUAAGGACAUUUUUGCCCACGGUGAACACGGGAUGGGUCCGACGCACUUAAUGGAGCAUCACAUCCACACCAGAGAUGCACGACCAAUCAAGUUGUGGCUACGGCAUCUACCAAUGGCCCUGCAGGAAGUUACGAACAAGGAGGUCCAUGCCAUGCUGGACGCAGGGAUCAUUGAGCCUUCUGUCAGCCCCCAGGCGUCUAGCGUGGUAAUGUUCGCCGCAAAAAGGGUCCAGGCCGCGGGUCUGUGUGGACUGCAGGCCGCUUGAUAAAGUGACGUGGAAGGACUGUUACCCCCUUCCUUGGGAUGAUUGGGAUGAUGAUUUCAUUCCUACAAAACAAGACGACAUAUUUUCAAUUUCUUCAAUGAUAUCUGGCGCCAUCUGGCGUCGUAAAUGGGUAUAACGUCUAGACUGCGAAUAUAUGACGACCCUCACUUUUUCAAUGCAAUUUCAAUGCAAAAAACACCAUCUUAUAUUCUGGCCAAUACGGUAUAUCAUAUUGUAUUAUAUUAUAUUAUAUUAUAUUAUAUUAUACUAUAUGUAUUUUUUAAUGUUAAUAAGCUCCCUCUCUAUGAUACGGAUUUUCGAUUUUCACGUUGGGUGGGGCGGCCCUCAUUGACUGCGGAUGGAAUCGCAAGGGAUUUCAAAGCACAUUGUCGGGUCUUUAACAUUGUCACCAAAUGACGGGAACACAUGACAUCCACUAGUUCAGGAUGCCGAAAAUCGCUGCGGGUUUGCUGCACAAAUCCCACCCACAAUUGUCAAUGUGUAUUAGUAGUUCCUGGAUUUUGCUGUGGAAUUUCCCCUUUAAAACAUUACCUUACCGUUUACAGCAUUUGUGUUUUGACAUCAAUGUUGGUAACCCACAAUGAAUUGCUAAAGACAGUACUUAACUGUUAAACACAAAAACAGCAUUUUAGUGUUCAAGAUUGGCCGUAAAUUUACAGCAAUUUUUUAUAGUGUAAGUUUUUGACCAAAAUAGCAACUUAAUUUUUUUUUUCAUUUACUGCAAGUUUUCAACAGCUAAUAAAUCACUCAAUUUAACAUCAGAAACUUAAUACUUAAGGAAAACAUGCAGAAUCAAUUAUAAAUAAUAUGUAAACAGAUAAUUAAUAAAUUCUAUAUCCAAUCACAACUUAUUAUGGAAUAAAAUAUCCCUUUAUUAUCAUUAUACACUAUAUAGGCCUACUCUUAGCGAAUGAGGCUAGCAGACACCUGGUGUAAACAGAGCUUUUCUGGGGAAAAUUGUUGUGAAUAAAUGCUUAAAUCCCUGAAUUCUUCAUGGAUAUGGACGUAAAACAGUCUCGAUUCUUUGUUAAAAGCAAAGAAACCAUACAAUUAGCAUUUAUUUUAUGUAUAUUGACGAAGUACCAUGCUACUAUGUCAGUGAAUGAGGCCAGCGGCCGCCUGGCGUAAGAGGAGCUUUUCUGACGAAAAGUUUUGUGAAUAAAUGCUUAAAUCCCUGAAUUCUUCAAAGAUAUGGACGUAAAACAAACAGUUUCGAUUCUUGGUUAAAAGCAAAGAAACUGUGAAGGUAGCAUUUAUUCCCGUAAAUAUUGCUAACUAUGAGGCUAGUGAUUUCCAUGUGAAAACAAAGAAGAAAAUUCAUGCGAAUAAAUGCUUCAAUCACGCAUGCAUUGGUACGAAAAAUAUAAAAAUAUAUAAUAUUUACCUUGAAUCCUCGAACAAAUCACUCCUGAAACAAUCUUUCCUUUUUCUAUGCGGUACAGCUUUCGUAGUUAAAUCCAAUCGUAAGUAAAUCCAAGCUUAAAUCCGAAAUGAGUGUGUGCCGUCUUCGGCUAUUACUAAAUGAAGCUCGGCCCUUGGCGCAAAGAAUGACGAAGUGAUUUUUGAAGUCUAUGUUACAGCUCUGUGAGAGCCAGAAAUAUUGCUUGUUUGUAUGUGACCAAAUACUUUUUUUCCUCCAUAAUUUGCAAAUAAACUCUUUAAAAAUUAGACAAAAUUA